UUUCGUAAAACAGUCGGCGGAAGAAGCAAUGAACUGAUGCUGAGUUCAAAACAACUGGAAGGCAGUGAUAUUUAGGUCGGAAAAUCGGAGCUCUAGAAAGAGCACCCAAAUUCCUGACUUGGAACUCCGAGUUGGAUAACCGUUCAAAACUAUUUUUCCUAGUUGGAGCUCGAUUUUCCGACUUCCCAGUAAACUAGGACUCACUGACGUUGGAGAUUCUCGAGACGCCAGUUGUUAUGAACGCGGCAUCAAUCUAGGGGAGUGAUUUAAACGUCAUCACCGGAAGUGGCAUUUAGAUUAGUGUGACAAGCUAGCUACAAAACAUCUGAUCUAUAGUCUGAAUACCAAUUUUAUGCAAAUGUUUAUUUCUAUUUCAAGUUGACAAGCAAUAGUCAUCAGGGGAAUAAUUUGCGGUCCUCACGGUGUUCGUGACAUGUAUUUUGUCUGUACAAACCUGUUGCUUCCAAAAUGUGCAUCUUUAACAGAGCUAGUGUUAGCUAGCUUGAUAAUACUGUACCACAGAACAAUGAGGUUAAGUUAUGCACAUCUUUGACUGUACUGUCAUUGGUACCAGUCUGCCUGCUCCAACUCAGCUGUCACAACCUUCUCUGUAUCGAGAGUUCUCCAACACCAACAUGGAAAAGGACUUCUCAACCUUGUCAGGGCGUGGACAAGACUAGUAAAUGAUUCUCAAACCAACACUGCCCAAUAAGGAUCCAGCAUGUUAAACUCAGGGUUCAUCCCAAUAUUCUUCAAGCUGAGACUAUAACAGCACUUCUGCUUUCAUCUGUGGGAGUCACAGCAUGGGUAUCCUGAGGGUUCUAGUCAACACUAUGGGUAGAGUCAGCACCUUCAGGUCCUAUCAGUUUGUCCUCCUCCUCACGGCUGCGCUGGCCGUUGUAGCCUUCUAUUUCUUUGGCUCAGAGAGGCAUGAUUUCUCCAGCACCACCAAGCGCAUCAAGCAGACCCAGGCCAGCCACAACACCAACCGGAACGACGCAGACCUUUCCCUGGACACCAGGCUGGUGCACCCUGAGGGAGGAGAGUUGGAGAGGGAUGGAGAGGAGGGUGAAGUCAGGGCUAGGAGGGCAGACGGUGGGCAUGAGGUCAGCCAGUACUACCAUGCCCUCAUGAUGUUCACGAAGGUGGACAAGAGCCGAAGCCUGCAGGAGAAGUUCCGAGUGGCCAUGUUAUCCAUGGCGAAAUACAGCCUCUUCCUGGACAAAGAGGUGCUUGUCCUUCAUUUUGUGAGCGACGAGGCCAGCCGAGAGCUGGGCGAGAGGAUGCUCCCGGAGCUGCUCCUUGUCGGAACUUUUCAGUACGAGGUGGUGUUCCAUGACGUGGGGGUCCUGAGCCAGAAGCUCUUCCCCAUCGUGGAGGCCAUGCAGAAACACUUCAGCGCCGGCUCCGGGGCCUACUAUAGUGACGCCAUCUUCUUCCUGUCAGUGGCCAUGCACCACAUCAUGCCCGCAGAUCUGCAGCGCAUUGUACAGCUGGACCUGGAUCUGAAGUACAGGAGCAACAUCAGGGAGCUGUUUCUGGAGUUUGAUCGAUUCCCUCCCGGAGCUGUGAUCGGCAUCGCCCGAGAGAUGCAGCCGGUAUACAGACACACCUUCUGGCAGUACCGUAAAGAGAACCCUCAAUCCCGUGUGGGGGAGCCUCCUCCCGACGGCUUGCCGGGCUUCAACAGUGGCGUGAUGCUGCUGGACCUAGGGGCCAUGCGGACCUCAGCCCUCUACAACCAACUCCUGGAGCCCAGAAACGUGGCCCAGCUGGCUGACCAGUACCACUUCAGGGGCCACCUGGGUGACCAGGACUUCUUCAGCAUGAUCGGCAUGGAACACCCAGGGCUGUUCCACCAGUUGGCCUGUGGCUGGAACCGCCAGCUGUGUACCUGGUGGAGGGAGCAUGGAUACGGGGACGUGUUCCAGCUCUACUACCGCUGUGAGGGGCCGGUGUAUAUCUACCAUGGAAAUUGUAAUACGCCCAUACCCGAUGACUGAGUUGGGACCUCGUACUGUGUUUCCCUAAAUGGUGGGUCUGUUUUGUGGUGAACUCAUUGGAGGUUGUGGCUCAAGACUUGGUUCUGGAGAGAAAAGAUAUUAGCUACACAACUUUCUGGGUCACAACAAAACUCCAAAAGAUCUUAGUUUAGCCAUGUGGCAACAAAGGUUUUGGAAUCAAAACCAUUUCUGUACUGUACCACUGCUACUGUAAACAUUGCUCCCACUCCUGCCCCCUGCUGGACAGGUGUGCAAUACAGUCAGUACAAGGCAUCUCACUCACUCCACUAAUGUCAAGUGAUGCUAAUGAUAAACGUGGAGCAUAAAGAGACCUUGCUGGUGCAAAUUGCCGAAUGCCAUACUUUGUCAUCUCAGUUCACUUUUUGGAACAUUUAACAUUCUUGAAGAAUGUUGGACUGUGGUACAAAAAAGAAUGGUUAGCGUGCAUAAGAGAAAAUGGCAAACCUUCACCAACAAAAAUAUCUCUUUACAUUGAAUAUUCCUGACAAACUGUAAUAAUACCCUGGUGUAAUGUAUGAGAGAAUAUGAGCUGAUUAGUGUGAGUAUUUUAUCUGUGCUAAUGUGUGUUUGCUGUGUAUCAUGGUAGUCAGUCUGGAUUUGUCUGUCUCUCUCUCUUUUCUCCCUCUAAUCAGCGCAAGAUUAGGUGAGGGUUUAACAAUCAGUGCUCAUUCACUGCCCGCCCUGGAGUAGUGAACUACAUGUAGUUGAACUAGUGAUUUAACUACAUUUUGCAGUAGCUUGGUGGUAGUUUAACUAAAUUCAAAUAUUGGUAGUGUUUUCAGUAGUUAAUUACUUGUUUUGCUAUGUAGGUAUGUAGAUAACUACUGGAAUUACACACUACUUAUUUUGCAAAAAUAAAAUAUAUGUGCUGUAUGCAAUCAUGUCAUUUCUUUUACAAAGCAUCAGACCUGCCUAAAUCUCACUUGAAACAUAAUUUUUGUGUUAAAUAGGCUAAAUUACACCUUCUGGUUGCAUAUCACCCUAAAGUGUAGUCUAUGGCAUUUCAGAUUUGUUCACCUAGUAGUGUGGAUGUAGUGAAGUAAUUUUUCAAGGUAACUUUAGUUAAAUGAACUAUAUUUUUCUUAAGGGUAGCUUUAGUGUAGUUUAACUUAUUCCAGUGAAGUAAUUGGUAGCUUGGUAAACUAUAUUUUCAGAGUAGCUUCCCGAACACUGUUGUUUACCAAUGCUGGACUCUUUUCUGGCAGGGUGAGUCGCAGGAAGUACGACACACUGACACCCGCUAGGACAUCCCAGUGACUGCGUAAUGGAGAGAAAAGAGGGGGAGGGGAAAGGGCGGUACAGGUGAGGGAUCAUGGGCUACACAUACAGAUGCUUGGCCCACACACAAACAUACAUUUUCGAGUGGGAUUUAGCCACCAUUGUUACUACAUAUUGACCCCGUUUUGUUUGUCCCUGUUACCUGGAGCUGACGUUAAUAUAUAUGCCAUUUAGCAGAUGCUUUUAUCCAAAGCGACUUAUUCAUGUGUGCAUACAUUUUACGUAUGGGUGGUCCCGGGAAUCUAACUCACUCUCCUGGCAUUGCGCUGCUCCAUACUCUACCCACUGAGCGACAGAGAGUAGCAGGUAUCCCACUCGGGAACGUUGAUAUGCCAGUAGAGCAGGGUUCCCUGACUGGCGGGCCGUGAUUUUAUUUGGCGGCCCAAAUUUUCUGAGCAAAUCAUUUUUCUAUUGUUAGACAUAAAAGGCUGUAAAAACUCCAGCAAAGGAGCUCCAAGUGAUAACAUUUUUAGACAUCUGUUCCAAAGUAUUCCCCACAAAUAAUAGAGAGAUAUGUGAUUGUAUACAAAUGUAAGCAAGGUUUGAAAUGAUUAUGUUUAAGUGAAAUAUUAUCUGUUUGGGCUUCUUGCAGUCAAUUUGCAGUUAUUUACAAAUUAUUUGUAAGUUACAGACGCAA